UUUUUUUCCCCAAUUCCAAGUGUCAGAUUUUUCGACGUCGACGUUUGUGUUUGUGUGCUUAUCGACCAACAAUAAAAAAUUUUUCUCAAUACAAGAAUUAUUUUUUGAGACAAAAGAAUUCGCCGCCUCACCAAAUUGAUAACCGAUUAAAAUUAUAUCUUUAUAAACGCAAAUCCGGCGUCGUCGUCAAAACACAAAAUUCUGCAAUCUGUCAAAAAAAUUAAUUAACAAAAGAACACACAAGAACCUGACCCUCUUUUAUUUCGACAAUACCAUUCAAAUAGAACAAGUGCGAACGAGAGAACCAUCUUACCCAGCCACGUCGGCCACGUCAUUUGAGAAGGAGCGAAUCGUUUUUGACAACUUGAAUCCAAAGAGUAUAUCACACACUCAACCAUGAAUAUCUUUCGAUUGGCCGGGGACUUGUCCCAUUUACUUGCGAUAAUCAUUCUGCUGCUGAAGAUCUGGAAGACGCGUUCGUGCGCGGGUAUAUCUGGCAAGUCACAAAUUCUCUUCUGUAUCGUUUAUAUCACCCGGUAUCUGGACUUCUUCACCACCUAUGUGUCACUCUACAACUCCGUCAUGAAGGUUGUCUUUAUUGGAGCCUCCGGAGCGACGAUCUACUUUAUGUAUGUCAAAUUCAAAGCCACCAACGACACCAAUCACGACUCCUUCCGUAUUGAGUUUCUUCUGAUUCCGUGUGCCCUGCUGUCACUGGUCCUCAAUCAUGAAUUCACUUUUAUGGAGGUGUUGUGGACAUUUUCGAUUUACCUCGAGUCGGUGGCUAUUCUGCCGCAACUCUUCCUGGUGAGUAAGACUGGCGAAGCAGAAUCCAUCACCAGUCAUUACUUGUUUGCACUGGGAUCGUAUCGGGCCUUGUAUUUGCUCAACUGGGUUUAUCGGUACGUCAUCGAGACGCAUUAUGAUUUGAUUCCAAUCUUUGCUGGUGUCGUGCAGACGAUUUUGUAUUGCGACUUCUUCUAUUUGUAUAUCACCAAAGUGUUGAAGGGCAAAAAACUUCAACUUCCUGCCUAAAAAGCCUAAGUUACGAGUUCUAUCUUACCUACAACUGGAGCUGGAGGAGGAGAGCGAGCGCGCGCAUCCCAUUUGUAAUUGUUCGUAAUUAUAUUAGUAGUUCUAUGUAUCUGUUUCACAAUUUAAUCUCUUUCCCUCUGCCGAAGCAGUAUAUAUAUAAAUAAUCUUGAAAAAAAAAUGAAAAAAAACCUCACAAACUAAUAUUUAAGACUCCCGAGGACAUGGUUAGGUUUUUUUUUUCUUUUUUUGCCGCUUCUUAUGGUAGAGGGGCAGACUUAAGAUUGAAUUCAAUGAUGAUGAUGAUAUUUGCAUCCUCUUUCUUCUCUCUUUUGUGCUGUAAUUUGUAUUUUUAUUUAAAAAAAAAAAACCUAUUUGUUUCAUAAAAUAUUUUUAAAGUUCUUUUUUUAUUUAAGAAUUUUGAGAUUCCCUUUGGUGGAACUGAAAAAUUAUAUUAAAGAAGAUCUAAGGAUAAAACAAAAAAAUAAACAGAAACCGAAAAACCAUUUGUAAUAAAAGAAGUUAUAAUAUUAAAAUCUUAGCGAUAAAAUACCAAUAAAAUAAACUUAAUGAGAAAGGAGUUGAA